AUGACCAACAGAACUUCAAGCAUUGAAUUGUCGACAUCAGUCCAAAAAUCAGAGGUCAAGAUUAAUAUCCAAUCGAAAGAUAUAGAAAAAGGUGAAAUAUGGGGUACAGAAACCAAUACCGAUGGAACUUUGGGGAUUAAGGAGGAACCUAUUCUAACGACGAUCUUAUCACCCAAUGGUCAACCAGUUGUGAUAUCGUCUGUUAAUGUAGAUAUGGCUAUGAAAUUGGCGCAAGAAUCAAUGGAUCUUCAAAUAACCAAAGAAGAAGAUACAAGAUUACGCUGGAAAAUUGAUUUUUGUAUGUUCCCACUAAUGUGUUUAUUAUACGCCGUCCAAUUUAUGGAUAAAAUAUCUACGGGCUCGGCAGCAGUUAUGGGAUUAAGGACAGAUUUGAAGAUGCACGGUGAUCAAUAUUCCUGGGUGGGUUCAGCCUUUUAUUUUGGUUAUUUGUUUAUGAAUAUGGGGCCUGUACAAUUUAUCUUUCAAAGAAGUGAUAAAAUGGCCAAAAUGUUAGCUUUAUUUGUUAUCAUAUGGGGCGUUCUUUUAAGUCUACAUUCUGUUCCAAGUGUAAAUUAUGCUUCCUUUAUUGCAUUAAGAGUCUUACUAGGUUGUGCUGAAAGUGUGGUGACGCCAUGCUUUACAAUUAUUACUGCUCAAUAUUGGAAAACCGAGGAGCAGUUUACUAGAGUUUGCAUCUGGUUUGGGAUGAAUGGAUUAGGAUCUAUCAUCUUAAGUGCUAUUGCUUAUGGUGUUUACAUACAUGAAGACUCGUACUCAAUCAAGGCAUGGAGACUUUUAUUUAUUAUUACAGGGGUGAUUACUAUCUUUGUUGGAUUCUUGAUAUAUUUUUGGAUUCCUGACGAUCCAUCCAAAGCUAGGUUUUUAAGUAAACGAGAGAAAUUAAUGGUUGUGGAAAGAAUUAGAUCUAAUCAACAAGGAUUUGGGAAUCAACAGAUUAAAAAGUAUCAAAUAAUUGAAGCAUUGAAAGAUGUCAGAACAUGGUUAUACUUUUUAUUUACAGUUAGCUCCAAUAUUCCUAACGGUGGUAUUUCCAAUUUUUUAAGUAUCUUAUUAAAUUCAGAUUUUGGAUUUAGUACAAAGGACACAUUUUUAUUAAGUAUUCCCACUGGUGCUGUUGAAUUAGUCGGAUGCCCCCUAUUUGGUAUAUUGGCACUCUAUGCAGCAAAUAAGAAGGUCCCAAUUUGGAAAUAUAAGCUUUCUUGGGCAAUUUUUUCAGCUGUUUUGGCAUUAAUUGCAAGCUGUAUGCUGGGUUUUGCCAAUGGAUCCAAGAAGGCAAGAUUAGCUGGUGCAUAUCUUUGGUACAUUUCACCUGUUUCCUAUAUUUGUGUUAUUUCUAAUAUUAGUGCAAAUUCUUCCGGUUAUACCAAGAAAUGGACAGUUUCUUCUAUUACGUUAGUUGCAUAUGCGGCUUCGAAUCUUGCUGGACCUCAAACUUUUAUUGCUAAACAAGCACCUAAGUAUCAUGGGGCCAAGGUCUCAAUGGUUGUCUGUUAUUCGUGUAUGAUUGUCAUCUUAUUAGUGCUAUUGCUUAUCAAUAUAAGGGAAAAUAAGAGACGCGAUAAGAUGGCACUGGAAAGAGAGGGAAAGGAUGGAAUAUUUGAAAACUUGGAAUUUUCUGAUAUUACCGAUUUUGAAAAUCCGAAUUUUAGAUAUACUUUAUAA